UUUUUUUUCAAUUACCUCUAAAAGUUUUCAAUAGCAACCAAGUUCGAGGAAUGGAAGCCAAACCUGUAAACACACUUUUUGAAGAAUUCGAGCCUUUAUCGAAAUGGAAACAUAAGGAGGAUCGUGACAUUCUCGAAAUCCAUGUCCCAGAAUUCAAGAAGGAACAACUCAAAGUACGAAUCAACAGAUUAAAGCUUCUCAAGAUCUCAGGAGAACUUCCAUUAGAUGCUCAAAGAAAAAGCAGAUUCUACAAGGAAGUUCCAAUUCCGAAAAACAUCGAUGCAACUGCGAUUAAUGCAAAAUUUUGCUAUGGCUGGCUCUACAUUGCAAUGCCAAAAAAGCUUCCAAUCUCUGAAGAUCAGAAAACACCUGAAUUUCGAUUACGAACGUUUGGCAAAGUGGUUGUGACUCUUGCAACACUGGCAGCUCUAAUUGCUUUCGUUGUUUACAUGUAUAGAUCUGUGGUUCCUGAAAUUGUUUAAUAUUUUUAACUUGUGCACGUCCAAUAUCAUAAAGCAUCUGUACGGACUAAAUAUCUAGUUAAUAAUAAACAAACACGUGUUUUUAUUC